UGACACAGUUGACAAUAUGGUCUCAGAAACAGUUGUGAUGGCCCAGGGCCUGGCAUGAGUGACCAGCUGGGAAACUGGGGAUGGCCCCUGAGACAUAGGAAGUUGCUAGGUUUCGCAGGAAUUCCUCAGAGCUGGGAAUUGAUCACAGAUCUGUAGAUUCCCAGGUGACUUUUGAUACAACCAGACAUGUUAGUGAAGGAGCUACAAGGAAGAGAAGCCUGGAAAGACUAAAGCUGCAAGAACAGGAGCACAUUCGAAAAAGGGGGAAAAAAAGAGAGGGGGUUGAAAGAAAAAGACGUGGUGAUGAAAAGAAGUUCAAGAGAGAAAAAAGAAAGCUAAGCUCGAGAGGAGAGAAGAGAGGCAGAUAGAUGGAGAUGAGAAACAUCCCCCAAAGCAGCAGAAGGUACCAGCUGAAGAACAGCAGUGGCCAGAGAAUAUGCCUGAAUGGGAAGAAAGGAAAUCCCUGCUAGCUCAGAGAAGAGUGGAGUCUGUCAGACUGCUUACAGUGCUGUUAAACCGUGUGAAAGAUUUUGUGCAGUUGGCAAGUCAAAAAGUGGAUCCUUCAUUGGUCGUAAGGAAGGACGAUUCCUUUUCUGAAACAGCAUUAAAAGGCAUACAUCAGGAACUGGUUAACUCCCAUUAUCAUACGCACAAAGAGUUGAAACAUAAGGAAGAAUUUAAGUGCCCAUUAACCCCAAAAGGUAGCAGCUUAUGUAGCGAGGAAGGAGAUGUGAGUAACUUCCAUGCAUCUACUUGUCAUAUAGUCAGGACGAUUUUAAAUGAUCCCUGUACAGCCCCGAGUUCUGAUGGAUUGCCUGGCAGAGAUGUGUACAACUCCUUUGGCUGUGGAUCUUUACUGAUUACAGUUACGCAAGACUGCAGGGUCAUCGAAUCUCUCGAUGGAAGGGACUACCCAACACUGAACGUAGUUCACACGCAGACAGUGUCUGAUGAAGACAGUUGCAAAAAGCAAAAGGUUUAUGAGACUGAUGAAUUCAUCCAUUAUUUACUAAACUACUAUCAGACACCGGGCUAUGCACGUGUUUGCUUAGAGCCAAAAACCACUGCGAACAAGUCCUGGUGGAAGAGAGUGGUGUCUGAUGAUAAUAGUGGUUUUGACAUAAGCUUGAGUAACAAACAUGGUCAGCACUUCAGGGAAGUGAGUCCUGUACAAAACUUCAACAAGAGAAUUUGUAGUAGUGAUGAUAAUUAUAGACUGGUGAUCACUGUUGCGGAACUUGAAUCAACAGACUCGGUGUUAGAAAACAAGGCCUAUGGGGGUAGGCUUGCAAAAAAGUUGCAAGUGCAGAGGAAUGACUCACGCGCUGUUGAUAACUUGCCACGUGCUGGACUGAAUCAUUCUUUGGAUUGCACUGCUGUUAUUCAUGAUAAGGAAUUCAAACAAGAAGAUGGUAGCGAUGAAGGUACUGUACCACACAAAACACAUAGAUCUGCUUGCAGAUUAAAGGAUUUGUUGGAAGAGAUCAGUGAUCCUGAGUACUUUAGAGAGUCAUGUAGCAGCUCAGUGAAGAGAACAGAAAGAAGGUGUGAAGAAAUUUACAGCAAUUGUAAUACAGGGUGCUUGCCUGCAAGAGCCGGGGAAAGAAAAUUACUGGUUUACCUUAAAAAUGUAACUCUGGAAGGUCAAGAGAAGGAAAGCAGCAAAUGUAGCUUCUGUUCUGAUUCUGUCCAUGAGGGCUUGGCAAGGCAGUGUGAACAUAAGGUUAAAAAGUCAUGCAAGAGGUCUAGUAGUAAAUUAAGACGUGGAGGACAGAAAGGUGAGAGACAAUCCAGGGAAGAGGAGAGAAAUGCUCGCAAAAUGAAGAAAAAGCGAAAAAAGCUUUCUUCUAAUCUUUUAUCUGAUGAAUGUGGCUUUUCAGAGAUGGACAGUUGCACGCAGCUGGAGUCACUCAGAAAGAUACAAAGAAAAUGUAAGAAAAUGAUCCACAAAAAAGUGAAAUUCAAGACACUUCACACCACCAUGACAGCACCAGUUGUUACCCCUCAUGAUGGCUCACCACUUCAGGAGACCCUCCAGAGGACAGGAGAUGAGAGGAAAUUAAUGUUGAGAAGAGAGAUGGAUGCAGAUGUCAGAGGAUGCCCUCUAUUUCCUCUUGAGAUAAUUCAGACAAACCCCUGCUCAGAUACUUUCUGUGGAGCGGAGCCCAGAAGAGGAUGCUGAACAGCUACUAUAUAAUAGCUUUUAAGUUUUUAUAUAGAAGUGGGAGAAGAAAGCCCUUUGACCGUUAAAAGGUAUACGAAAUACUGGGGGAUUUUUGCUUAGGUAAUUCCUUCAGUUAGAAUAUCUAACUGGUGUAGUGAGCCACAAAACCAGAAUCUGUGUUUGCCUUUUGGAUAACAGAGGACCAAAACUUCCCCCAGGACCAGACAAACUUUCAUGGACCAGUUGCUAAGAAUUUGAAAGGGUACAGAUUGAGAUUUUGCAGUGUUAUACUCUGAUUAAACGUAGGGAACCAUGUAAAUAUCAAAGUUAAAAUAUUUAGUAAUAACGAGUCAUUGGAAAAAACCAUAGUUAUGGAAAUCCUAAAGCAAGCCUAUGAAGUGCCUCCUCAAUCAGACUGUUAAAAUGAUGGGACUGGAAGGUGUGGGGGACAUUUAUACUCAAUUGUGGGAAGUAAUAGAUUUCCAAAUAUGAAAAAAAUCCCAUCUUUUGUAAAACCCACACUGGAAAAGUGCUUGUUUUCUAUUCACAAUUCUAGAGGUGUUUCUGAAAACUGGCUGGUCUUUGGGAGGAAGGAUUUCACUGAACUUGUGCUAGUAGUAGAUGUAGUGCUUCCAGGAAUCUGAAUGAUUGUCUAAGCAAAGCUCUGAAUGUUAGGUAGUGAAAGGGCAAUGCUUGUCAGCAUGCUGACAGUCCCCAUAUAUAUGCAGGUUGAAAAUUUGCUCACAAGGUUUUGAAGGCACAUGUAGCGAGAUAGCUAUUUAGUAUGAGUUUGCUUACAGAUAAUUUCCAGAGGAAUUGUGAAAUGUUGUCAGAUUUGUGCUGCAUGUAGGUAAAAAUGUGGAAAUGCAGUCUAGGAGCUUGAGUUAUAUCCAUAUUUAUUCAGCUGGCUAUAUUUAGAAGAUGGCCGCAAUUGCUUUUGGACAAAGUCCCUUAGCAAGAUAUAGAGGACCAGUCCUACUAAGUUCAAUACACUGAUUAUUUCAGCUUUCUUUUUAGUAUGCUUUAUUUAUUACAUGUCAGUAUACUAAGUUAAUGUGAUAAUGUUGCCUUCAUUACAUAGAAUCUUACCCAUGUUUGUAACUUCUGCUCUAAUAAAUAGUAAUAAAAAAAAUACAUUGUAAUUGUUCAUCGUAGCUAGGUUUUCCUCCAAUGUUCAAUACUGGCGACUCCUACAGGCAUCUAAGCCAGAUUUUAUCAGUCUUCUCUGUUCACAUGUUCAGAUGCCGAGUGCCUUUUCAGGGUCAUGAAUGACAAAUGGUUGCUACUCAAAGUACUGUUAAUCUAUUACUUUUAUCUAAAAAGAUCUUAUUUUCUUGACAGAAGUAUUUUCUGACUAUUUUGGAGAACACUUAUGCCCCUCUUAAGUCUCCUUUUUAGUAUUUUAUACAGUUAUAAUGAAGAUCAACUAUUGUAUUUGUUGACCAUGUAAAAUGUUUCAGUUGCACUGAUAUGACAUACCAAGGGUGUUUUUUCUCUAUGCAAUAUUUGCGGAUUAAAGAUGACAAAACUUCCCCUUCUGUCAAUCUAUAGACCGUUCUGUGUCCUAAGUACCCAUUUCCCAUGAGACAGGCCUUUCGAUUACAGGUGAGGAAGUAUUUCUUUUUGUUAAUCUGGGGGAGCAGGAACUAAAGAUUUCCUUUGGUGUAAAUUUCUAGUGUUUUAUCAAUAUGUUGUCACAAUACUCAAUAACAAAUAAAUACACCGGUUCUGUAA